AUGGAAGAGGAGUACAAAAUAAGAAAAAAUUUAAGCCCCUCGGCAUUUCGUUCCAGAACUGAAAUCUCCUUCAUCAGACGGACAUUCUCAACCCUCAGCUCGUCUCACUCUUUCUUAACCUUAGAAAGCUAUUUCUCGAGCCUUGCCUUCCCCGUCAAAAACUCCAACUCAAUAGCUGUAAGCCCCAUCUCACUGAAGGAGGAAUCUAAUGAUCGCGGCGAUAGGAUGCCUCAUUGGUGCUUCUAUGAGGAGGUGGCAAUAGCCUCAUAUGACUUGCUUGGAGAAGAGUUUACAUUGAGGAUGAAGAGGGGAGGAUCAGAAAUAGCAAUUGGAAGGACAGUUGGGUUAGGACCAGUCCCAAACUAG